AUGUCCGAUCCUCGCCUCUGCAAGUCCAGUACAUGUAGCUCGACCGGCAGUUUCCUGGUUUCUACCUCCCAGAACAACCGAUCGUCCUCACGCAAGAUUAGAUUCCGCGACCGUUUCGCAUACAUUUCCGCUUCGUAUCCUCCCACGAUCGCCAUCCCCCCUCUCCAGCCCGCAGACACGCAUAUGCAAAUACUAGCUGCUCUAUAG